AUAUACAAAUAUAUCUUUUUUCUAGGUCUUUAAUGAUAAAUGUAAAGUCUCGUAAGAAACGAAAGAAGAACGAUCAGAUUCUUCUAGAGGGCUAUAGACUAGUCAAACAUGGGACAGAAGUUGGAGUAAAACCCAAAGCUAUUUUUCUUUUUCCAGAUCAUCUGACAUUAUUUAUUUAACUUUGUACGAAGAUGUUAAAUUAUUUCAGAUUCCAUAUAAAACAAUACAAUUGUGGAGUAAUUUAGCAACUUCUCCUGGAAUUAUAGGUAGGUUUAUAUUACUAUCUAAUUAAGUGUCAUACAUGUAAUGUCAUAUAAUUACUACACGCACAUUAACUAUGCGUAAAAUUAUAUUUAUUAUGUGCAAAAUUACACAACAAGCAAAAGAAUAAUUAUGAUUUUCUUUUCACCUAAUCAUUAUGGAAGCGCUGGAUUAAGAAGAUUUAAAAAUGCAAGGACAGAAUGUAUCAGAUGGACUAGCACCGAAUCUGUGUCAUUUGCAAAAGCCAUGAGUAAAGAUGGAUGUACGGAUGAAAAACAAUGAAAAGAGAUGAUGUUUACAGCCAUAAACGAACAAAACGACUGCAACCGAGGUCAUUAUUAGAUAUCAGAUGAAUAUAUCGAUUAGUGAAAGAUUAUUUCAAACUACUCGAUGCUUUAAUGAAGUCUUCUAUUAACAAAUUAUUUAAAGAUAUAAAAUUUAUUUUUCUGCUCAGCCUUCAUUUGGACAAGGUGUCGAUAGGCACUUAUUUGGUUUAAAAAUGAUAGCUUCUAUCGAAUCAAUGUGUCUUCCAGAAUUGUAUAAGGAUGUUGCAUAUAUUAAAAGUACAUACUAUGAUUUAACAACGAGUCAAGUAAGAAAUAAACAUAGUUAUUCCGAAUAAACAUGUUUACAAUUGUGGAUACAAGUUUUGAUGUAAUUCUCUAAUCAACAGGUACCUCAUAAAACAUCGUCAUUUAUGUGUUACGGUCCGGUUGUACCAGAAGGUUACGGUUGUUGUUAUAAUCCUCGAGAGAACGAUAUUCUCUUUCGUUGCUCUCCCUUCAAAUCCAGUACAAAAGCAGACGCAACACAAUUUGCCAACACUUUAAAAGAAACUUUGUGUCGGAUGAGAAACUUAUGUAAUGUUUGAUUAUAUUGAUAUACUAUGUAAUAGUAUAAAUAUAUAAUUAUUUCAUUUGUUAACUUGGAUAGAUUAUCCAUACGCUAUAUUGUUUUCAUAAUUUAUAUUUAAACAAUAAAAUUCUCAAUUUCUAAGCAUAAUAUAAAAAAUAUUUAAUAUCUAUUUGAAUUUUUUUCUUUGGGGGAAAAAAAAAGGAGGAAUCGUCGAAAAAAAAAGGAAGCAAUGUUCCCAGCGCGAUUUAUCAAAGUGACCUCUCAUCUUUGUAUAAUUUUUUUUUUAUUUUUGAUAACAUACAAUAUAAAAUAUUACAAAAUUAACUAAGUUGUGAUGAAAAUAUAUAUAUUCUAUUAUUGUUGUCUACCCGUAAUAUUCCACAUGAUAUUGUACUUCUUAUGGUUGUGUUUAUACAAUAAUUGAUAUAAAUAAAAAUAAUCUAUACCGUACAAUGAAAAUUUUUGACUGCGUACAUAUUUGUAUACUCUCCUCUGUUCAACCGAUCGAAUUUUAAAAAUAAUUUAGCAUGUAAUUAUAUAACGUAUUACAAGCAGAAAUAUUAUCAAUUCGAAUAAAGAAAGCUUUCGUGUAUAUAAUAUUUCAAGAAAAUUGACCUAAAUAUACCCAUAAUUCCACGUAUUUUCUAAGUUCAAUAGUAAUUGUAUUUCCACCAUCUUGCUGAAUUUCUCCUUCCAUGUAUGCCUUUUAAAGGGACUUAUUACGUCAGCACAUUUUACUCAUAUAUACGCUAGUAUUUAAAGACAAACGAAAAUAACCAACAAUCAGUGGACGACAAUAAGUGAGGAAAAAAAUGAAAUGGAAAAUAUUUAGCGAGUAACAUCGAGAAGUCUUGUUCUUUUGUCCCAUGAUGUUGAAUCUUGUCCUAUGUAAUGCGGUAUAUAAUAUAUAUAUAUGUAUAUAUGUUUAUAUAUGUAUAUAUAUUAUAUAUGUGUAUGUAUAUAUAUAUAUAUAUAUAUGCUUACACACACGCACACAUAUAUAUACAUAUGCACUUAAUUUUUUAUUAAUAUUAUUUUCAUGUAAUAUAAAAUAAUAAUAAUAAUAUUUCACUUCGUAUGUAUAUAGGUAUAUGAAAAAUCGAUUGAGCUAUGCGCAGUAGACAGAUCUGCUGAUUGGUAACUCUUUCCUGAGGUAGACCGUAUCUAUGGCCAUUAGUAAAAGGUGAUUAGCACAAUACCCAACGUACAAUACUUGUCAGUCAUCUUCUCUUGUUGAGGGCGUGUACUGCAUCGUAUAAGAAAAAAAUUUUAAGUUCCUAUUAGUUAUUAAAAACGUUAAAACGUUCAAGAAAAAGUUACAUUUCUCAAUUUCGAUAGCACCUCAUUCAAUUAUUUUUAUUCAGUAAAGAUGGUUAAAACGGCAAUAAUGAUUUUACAAGAGUUAGGAGUGAAAGAGGGCUUCUUACCAGUUUACACAUUGCUUCGUUCAGAAACUGGUAAGCACAUAAAUAUAUUUACUUAUGAAGUAAAAUAUAAAGAUUUCUCAGCAACUGGACAAGCUUUGAGUAAAAAAGAUGCGAAGCAGAAAGCAGCUCAGAAUAUGUUAACAUUAUUGGAAGACCCAAAUGAUAUUUCCAAGACGAGACCACUAUCAUCAUCAAACGACAUUUAUCCUGAUGCUUCCCCUUCAACAUCAGGACAAGCUUUUCUAGAUUCAACAUUAAUGCAUGAAGACCUUAAAAAUUAUGUUGGAUCUUUGCAAGAAUACUGUGUAGAAAAUAAAUUAACGCAGGCAGAGUAUCAAAUUACUGAUAUAACUGGCCUAGCACACGAACAAGUGUUUACCAUGUCCUGUACAGUAGGGUCAAUAACUGAAGAAGCAACGGGAACUACAAAAAAGCAAGUCAAACAAAGAGUAGCAAAAAAGAUAUUAGAACGUCUCACAAAUACUAAUGAUCCGUCAGUUGCAAACAAAGAUGAAUGCGGAUCUUAUAAUCCUUUUGAAGACUGUGACAAGUUGUCUGACAUAGACAAUGAUGUUCUUGACAAGUUAAGUUUAAAAAUAGAUAAUUGUAAACUAAACGAAACCAAAUCUCAAGCAAAUAAGAAAAAAAAAUAUCUAGAUGCAAAGGUCAAGAGUUACCUAGGACGAAUAUUUCAAAAUGAAGUUAUUGAUUUCGAAAAUUAUCAUUCGUUCUUCAAACAGUACGUUUACAAUACUGUUUGCAAUGGUAGCGAGGAAAAAUUCAUGGAAAUAUUUAAUACUGUCAAGAGCUUUAAGACGAAUUUUACAGAUAUAGAGAAAUGUGACAUCGUAACUUUAACUUCUCUGGAACAGGAGAUUUUAACAUAUAUUCAAGAGAAAAUGAAAUUAUCCAUAGAAAGAAAGAUUAUUGGUUCCAAUGAUCCAUCGCUACAGUUAACUGUUUUUAGAAUAAAUGCUCCUAUACCUAUAACUCAAAUUGGAGCACAUAAAGAUUCUAUGGUUUCAGGAGCAAUAGCUCUAGCUAAUAUUCUUGACACGAUUAUAACAUUCUUGGAGUAAAUGUAAAUGUCCAAUUUCUUACAGUUGUUCUUACAAUUUUACGUUCUGACAUUUACUUUUUGAUAUUAUAAUUUAUAUAUGUCGAUAUCACAAUUUAUACAAUCGUAAUUGUGUUCGCAAUUGUGAUAAUAAUCGUGACAAUAAUCGUGAUCGUGAUCGUAGUCGUAGUCGUAAUCGGGAUCUUAAUCUUAUUCGGAAUCUUAAUCUUAACCUUAAUCUUAAUCGGAAUCGUAGUCGUGAUCGUGAUUGUAGUUGUAGUCGUAGUCGUAAUCCGAUUCUUAAUCUUAAUCUUAAUCGGAAUCAGAAUCGUGGUCGUUAUCGUGAUCGUAGUCGUAGUCGUAGUCUUGAUCGUGAUCGUGUUGUGAUCGUAGUCAUAGUCGUACUAGUAAUCAUGAUUGAUGUCGUAAUCGUUGUUGUAAUUGCAACGUAAUCGUAAUAGUAAUCAAAUGUAAUGGUAACCCUAAAAAAGAUUUUAUACCUUGAGGCUUUACAUAAUCUAUGAAAUUAUAAUCGUAUAAGUAUAUUUUAUAAACUUUUAAAAUCCAUUAAAGUGAAUUUAAGACUUGAAAUAUUUAUUAUAAAAGAAAAUAAAAAAUAAAUGAUCAAUAUAAAAUGUUAGACUGUAAGCGUACAAAUAUAUUUUAUGUCUCGAUAUUUGAUAUAAAAUGUAAAAUUUUAAUCGUAUAAAUAUAUUUUAUUACCUUGACUUUGUUAUAUGUAAACUAAGAAACUGUAAAUGUAUAAAUAUAGUACAAAAUCUUGACGUUUUACAAGAACCGAAAUUGUAACAACAAAAGGCAAAUAAAAAUGGCUGUAAAAGUACUUGUCAUCGUGUUACGUGUAUAAAGAAAAUUCCCUAUUCGAAACAUGUUAUUUUUGGUUUGAAAAGUUAUUAGGCGGGAAUAUAUGAAUUUACCCGUAUUUCAGUCAAUGCUUUUCUUCUAAUUUCUGCAUUAUUCUCUGCAUUAUUAUUUAUUUGUUUAUUAAAAAAUUACUUAUUUAUUACAUUAAAAAAUUAAUUAUUUAUUUUAUUAAAAAGUUAUGAAUGAAAGUUUGAAGAUAUACGUCUUAAUCGCUGCCAAUUUAUUGUCAAUUGAUUUGAAAUAUACAGGAAGGGACGCUAUUCAUGAAAAUCGUUCAAACGCGAUAAUUUCCGCUUUAUUUAUAACCUAUAAAUAAGUGUUAAAGGAAUUGUGAAAUAAUGCUGUUCAGUAUAAGACAACUACACUUGAGAGUGAUUUGUAAUAGAAAAAUUUUGGAUACAUUUAUUGCUAAACCUACAACAAAUCUACAAAGAAAAU